AUGUUGCUCGUGAUAGCGCUCAGCUGCCGGUUGGUAGUAGAGGUAGUACAUAAGACAAUGUCUGACUGGAGGGAGCGUGGAGAAGUUCCGGAUUCCCAAGAAGAGAGCGACGAUGGCUACAGCGAUCACGAACCACAAUUACCAGUCAGAGCCGCUAUCCCCAAAGCCCAGGGCGCAGAGGAUAUCUGGGCUUUCCCUGGAUCAGACGAUGAAGAGCAACGCAACAUCCCCUUCGCUACGGCCAUCCCGCCAUUCUCGACGAGACCGACUCUGCGGGAAAGGUCUGGAUCGGUGACGGCCUCUCUAGCUCUUGUGGAGAACAACUUCGAGAGCCAGGUACAGCUAUCCCCUCCGAAACUCCCGGCGACGAUAUCCUCUUCAUCUUCACCUGACGAAGUAGCCUUUCGCAACAACAACCAGGACACGACGGAUGCUCCUCGCUUUUCAGAUGAAAACGCCAUAUCUACGAGUGGCAAUGAUGUUGCCGGCUUCCUCUCGACACUUGCGGCCACUGACGAACAGCCAACGACAACCGAGAGCAACGAGGCUCACCACCAUGCUGCCACGUUGGAGACUGCAGAUGCGGCGUCUCGUCAUGGACGAAGAUUGCGGCCUCGAAACUUGAUUCAAGAGAAACCAUACUUCUACGAUCGCGUGAACUACAGCAAUACCUUUCGGAAGCACGGGCUUAUCCCGGUCAACGUGAUCACCGAACCAGAGAGGCGCCACACUCCAGAAGCUUCGUCGGAUGCAGCUUCAUGGGAUGGAGAUGAUGAUCAGGAGAGCCAGGAUAUCGAUAUACCUCCAGGAUCCGACAAGACAGAAACUGGCGACUUCGCGGCACCCCCCAGAGAGCAUGAUAUGCCAGAUGCUGACCAGCCUUGUUUACGCAUACCCCAGUCACCUGCUCGAGCCCUCAGCACCAGUUUACCUAGCUCCCCAACAACUGCAGCCGAUGAUGAUCCAGACUUGCCAGACUUGGAUCAGCUCCUGGGUCGGCCACCUACUACCAGAACGAUCAAUUUUCCGCGGGACGUCUUCCAGGUUCAGACUUCGACCCAGAGAUUCCGGAGGCGAGAUAUCAUCUACAGUGAUACGCCGGAACCUGAUACUGUCGCUGGCCGAAAGCCAAAGAGUCUCAGCCAAUUGUAUGAUUGGUCAGAUUCAGAUAUUGAACGAAGUAAUUCCAAUGAAAAUAGCAAGCGGCAGGGGAAUUCACCUAAAACGCCUCAAAGACCUUCAAGUUCUGGCUCCGUGGUCUCAAUAUCCUCCCGAGGAAUCGAAACUCAAGAUGAGCACAGUCGACAGGAAAGUCAAGAUGGGUCUGAGAGCAGAAGCGAAGCCGACAGCGAUACACACCAAGUGGUGACUCAAUUUAGGCGCCGUAUCCGAGGCGUCCUACCCGCUUCUUGGCUUCGACUCGAUCAACAAACCAGUAUAGUCCGCUCUGGCCGGAGUCCCAAGAGAAGGCCCCGGCCCCAAGCUGCUCACCAGCAAAAACGCGGGAUCGCUCUUACCAAACCAGUAACUCAUGAGGUUCUUUCCUCGACUACGAUUCCACCGAGCCUAGGUGAAGACAGCCCCGUCCAGCGUACGGCUGACCUCAUGCCUGAUCAUCAGAUGCCGUCACAGAAGUCAGAGAGAGAAGAUGAGAGACUGAGCGAGGGUUCAGUCGUGGAAGAGGACUAUGUCAGUCCGGCGGUCGUUGGUAGCAAGCGUCAGCUUCGGCUUCCGAAGGCAUCAAGGAGGAACAGGAAACGAGCUAAGAUGUCCACUGGAUCCCGGAACCGGUUUGUGCAGGGCCAUUUGAAGCAGCAGGCAAUCACAGGCUUUCUCCAUUCUCAGUCUCCUGAGGUAGCCAGGUCACUAGCAGCCGACUACCUGUCUGAUGACUCUCAGCAAAUGUCGAGGAAGCCCCGUCAGAACGCGCCAAGCAGGCCAAAACGACGUUCUCGAUUUCCUGUCUUGCUAAGUAUUCUCGACACAAUAGAGCCAGAUGCCCCCAGAUUCAUGCGCAUUGCUGCACGCUCCGCAAGACAAACCCUCAACCAGGGGCGCAGUAGCGUGCACCAAAAGAGUAUCAAACUUGCUGCUCGGCAAGACCAAGUAGAUGUCUUGUCUGUUAUGGAGAGAUGGAGGUCGGGGCUCAUUAAACAGCGACCUGCUGUGACGGCAGCUCGCCAGUCAAAUCAUGAACGGCACCAAAUCGCAAAGGCGAACAAGAAGUUUUCACGUGAAGGGCUUUCCUCCAGCUCUUUGUUCAGUACGUUCAGAGGCGCUUCCCGCAAACUCGUCAAGUGCCACGGCGAGAGUGGUUUUGUCAGCUACCGUCGAAGAAGUCCAGACACACGUGGUCAUGCGAAUUCGGCGUCCAACGUGGGUGUGGAUAGCUCUUUACCUUCGCUUGCGAUGAGAACGGCUCAGUUGGAGGUGGGUGAGAAAGCAGGAGAAUCCAUGAUUUCCUUUCGCUCAAGAAAGGGGACGCUUGACCGUAUUUUCAACAAGCAAAGACAGGAGAAACUCGCAUUAUGCUUGGCUGAGAAUAGCAACAAUACCGGCGGUGGCCACAGUAUUACGGAAGCCAACGCCACGAGGCACACGCCCUCGCGUAUCUCUCGAGGCCAGGGGCACAAACAGAGGCCGCCGAAACUUCGAAAGAGCAUAAAGCCUUCUCGGCUCGAUGUCACAGCACCUCAAUAUACACAUGCUGACGAUCCUCUUCCGGUGGGCUCGUCGGCAGUUGCCGCUGAUGCUCUAUUAGAAAAGAACCGGCUCUGCGGUCUGGGUCCGUAUGGUACCCAAUAUACUCGUCAUUUUGAGGUGUUUCCACUUGCCCCUGGCCUCCGGCUCCAUACAUCGACGCUGCUUGGCAGUGGCGUCUUUGAGGCUCUUGUCGAAGAUAUACAGAUCGGAAAGCCUCAACUGAGCUCACCAAUCGCGGUCAGAUUAGGCGACCAUCUUUUCAAUUUAGGUUCGUGGACCCCUAGUGUGUCUUCUGAGAUUGGGCUCUUCUUCGAUACACUGGUUGGGUUCAUCUUCGAUAUACUGGCCGGGCGACUCGAAGAGAGCCACGGGGAGGAGGCCAUCCGGGUUACCAUCAGUGCCACUCAUUGCGUCUUUGAAUACGUGCAAAAGGUCCUCAGGUCGGCGGAACCUGAAUCUCUAACGCCCCCUUUUUUACCGCGGCUUCAAGAGGUAUUGGGCGGCUUCAUCCGUCGACUCGACAAGGGUCUCGCGCAGUUCUCGCUUUUUCACGCCGCUCAUCGUCAACUUAUCCUCAACAUAUUGGAUAGGGUGUUGCUCAUGUCCUUCUCAAUGACGCGUCACUGUCAACGCAUGUCACAACUCCUGGAUGAGCAGUCUGAACAACAAACCUUCAUGUUGUUACCGGCAGGGUUGAUGAUAUCGGUGCUUCUACGCUGUGGUCUCAAUGCAAUUAAGCAGGUUUACAAAGACGCCAGUCGUUUGUACCGUCGUGACCGCUAUCUGGAGCAAGCCGCUGUUGAAGUACACUCUUGGGCCAUGUUGAUCAAGACGUUCGAACACGCAAACUCACGGCAACUUACUUUUUGGGGUGCAUUAGAAGCAGCCAUCUUGACGCCCGAGCUCCUCUCUGGCACAGACGCUCCUGAAUUUGAACGCGUUUGGGAGACGAUGUUUACUCUACUGCCGCUCUUUGCCUUUGACAACUGUGGGAAGAUUGUGACCAAAAAUCGACAUGUUACACAGAAUGAAGGAUGGGCAAUCCCUCAGAAGCUUCUUCGGCGAGUUUUCCAACUCUACCAGGAUAACGAGCAGCAAACCGCGAGCUUCAACAACUACUGUCGGGCUCUCAUCUCGCGAUGCCAUUACUUGGUCUGCCAAUGGGGCUGGCUUCGUAGCACGUCCGUCGUCGGUGUUAUCUUUGACUUCUUCGGAUCCCGGAGCUUGGCACAUCUCCGAAACGAAGAAGUCUACCAGUCACCUCGGUUUUUAGAGAAACUAGGUGAAGAGCCGGUUCUCGAGGUUGAAGCGGAUGACUUCUGCUUUCACAUAUUCCUCAAGCUCCUUGCCAUAAGCAUCAAGAACCUGCAGCGGUUCGGCUCUCACAAGGACAUCCGCAAUCUGGUAGCACGAACCAUACCGAAUCACAAUCGCCUCUACCUUAGAGAACAUACCGUUCAUGAGCGGGAUUUGGCUGCUCUGAGGAACCAUCAUGAUCUCAUCGGUACGCUGUUCUGGGCGGCACCACCUGAAAUACGGCCCUCGGUAGCCAUCAUCGAGAAACUAGUUGAUGCCGCUAGCUCUCAUAAAGAGGCAUGCAUGAUCAAUAUAAGAGCAUGGGCUCAACUUGCGCGCUUCGUCGUCUCGUCCGGCGAGGCGAAGUCAUCCUUCAAACCCUUCGACGAAUGGAGGGACACCGUCUUUCAGCAGAUGCUUGUGCAAUUUAGCAAUAUUGCCUCAGACGUCCACCUGCAACAGGUAAAUCUCUCCGAAGACAAGAGUAAGUGGAUCACGCAGAGUAUUGUCGAUUCCACGAUCAAGAAGAACAAGACAGCAGUGAUGGACGUUAUUCAUCUGUCACUCACAGCCUCGUUGGAUGUUAUGAGACGUGCUUCAGACUUGGAGGCGGCAACACAUUGUUUGAGUCUUCGUCAGCUGAAGCAGGUCUUCGCUUACUUCAGAGUGUCACCCUUCGAACUAGAUUGGUCAAUAUUGCGCACAGCGCUGGCCAUUCUGGACACCUUUGUAUCGCGAAUCGAGGAGUUCAAGGCGAGCCAGCACAACCAGCAAAGUGAGAGCCAGCUCCUAGAAUCGGCGCAAGCGGACGAGGCUUUCUGCACCCUAGGGCAAGAGAUACCUCACAGUUAUUUCUCAAUGGCCCGAUGCCUCUUGUCAUUGCCGGCAGAGGUGUCUGGCUUUCGAGGGUCGGCUACGGCUGACAAGGCUUGGUGUGUCAGACAGGUCACCAUAUUAUCCGCAAGGAUGGGCAUAGGCUUUAUUAAUGGUAGCCUGAUGGUCAAUGGUGGCCUAUUCAAGCUAUCGGACAUGUUCAAGAGUGGCAAUUACUGUUUGUUUAGUGACCAACUGCAAGCAAUGGAUCCUUCGCACAGACAACAUCUCAUGCUGUUCAUAUCGACGUUGCUAAGGCAUGAAUUCGACGACUUUUCCGACGUUGAUUUCGACAUCUGCGAAAUGUGGAUUCUGGCAUUGGUCAUGCCCAUCGAAUACUGGAGGAUUGAGAACCUGGUCGGUAUCCAGCGGCAUUGCUAUGCCAACGGGUUUAUCCCUGAUGGCAUGGUCAACUUACCGACCCAGCCAAGCUACAAAACCAAUCAGCUCCUGUUCGAGUUUGCGAUUUCGUCUAUGCGCAAACGGCUUCGUCGUGCGGACCCUCAAGCUCGACGAGUUCUUUCUGCUGAAUACUCAAGAACCCUCAAGCUCGUGAUGAGGCAGAUGCGAAAUGACCUGAGUGUGACGUAUGAGGGCGAUACUUCACAGCAUCAGCAGUACGUCGAGUUCGUCCAGGGCAUUAUAUCAUCAAUAAAGGCACACGGAUCCGAUAUGUGCACGAUAGACAGCUUCUUUCUUCAGAGCAGCAGAGAAUAUUACCACCCGCCCAUCCAAGACCCCCAGCUUCAGAUUGCAGGUAUGCUUUCGUACGGCAUUCGCAUAGAGGAGGGCGAUCCUAGGGCCGCUCACGAACUGUUCUACCUCUUGUUCAAUAACUUCAAACAUGCCCUGAGAAAGGGAAACCUGGUACAUGAUGUUCGUAUGCUUUGGGAAGGCAUGAAGCAUAAGAGCAUACUGGCCUUUACACUGGGAAAGAUGUUACCAGCCAUACUCAGGGUGUCCUGUCUGGAUAGUUCAUCCUAUCUCCUUCUAGACGUGUAUACGGAGGCUUUAUGUCGGCUACUGAGCGGGGCAAUCUUACCUCGACAGCUUGACAAAGACGAUCUUCCUUAUGUGCUUGUCACCAUACGGGCCAUUGUGGAGGGGAUGAGGACCAUGUAUCUCCGUGGCGAGGUUCUGACUGGUUCUCGGCUUCACAUUCUGAGACAGGCUCUGGUCGUCUUAAACGCUCUAUGGCCAUCGCUGCUGGUUGUGAAUGCUGAACGGCCCGGAGACUUAUGCCUCGUUGACAUCGCCAGUGCAAUGCGCCAAAUUGCUUCCUUCGCAAUAGCGGCGCAAGAUUAUCUCCGCGACUUCACUGAGAUAGAAAGCGACGACUUGCCAGACCCAGAUCUGCUGUUUCAAGGCCUUGGAGUGGGACAGCUCCUGAUCUUUAACGAGCACGUCACAAGCUUCACGACCAACAUGAAGGAUGACAUUGCCAAGACGUGGAUCUUCAGCCCUGAGAGGAUCUCUAUCCAGCACUGGUACUGGCAGUGGAGUACUUAA